ACUGUCUCGAUUGUUGCUUACAUUCUCCGUGUUAUGUUAGAAUCAAUUCGUAUCAAGAAAGUAGAAGUGGUAAGGAAUUUCGCCAUUAUCGCAAUGAUGGUGUUGGCGCGAUUCAUCGCGGCUUCAAGUCGCACUUGCGUUCACUCUGUACCACCAAAGAAGGCUUGCACAGAAUAUACGGCCAGGGCAUUUCUUCACCGCGUGGGAAUAACAAAGCCUGCUGUGAGCGUACAGUGUACAAAAAGGAACACAUCAACAACUCCUUUGGAACACUGGACUGAUAUAAGUAUUUCAGAGCUAAAGGCCAUGUUGUCAUCAAAUAACAUUCAACUAUUUGACGUCCGGGAACCUUACGAACUGGUUGAAAUGGGAAAGAUAGCUUGUGCUACAAACAUACCAUGUAUGUAGGAUUUGGCAAGAUUUCCGCUCAACUCCAUACAUUAAUUAUGCAUACACCUAGACUUCGGGAUUUCCGCCAUUGUUCUGAAGAAUUUUUUUUGGUCAGGUGUUGUUUCAAACGCCUCAAAUUUCGUGAGAAGAGAGUGACCACAUAUAGAGCUACACCUGUACUACAAAUAUUGCAUUAUCUGUGUGAGAUCAGUGAAGAUGUCUGAAGGAAACUUAAUGUGUCAUCCAAGAUUAGCCUGGGACCAGGCUCAGCAGUGGGGCAAAAAGGCAAAAAUGGGGUUAAAUAGGAAAUAUGGGCGAGCAAAUUAAAGAGAGUCUAGCGGUAGCCUGGGGAGGGGAAAGGGCGCAGGAGCCUGGAGACAUGCCUUUGAUGCCACCAUUCCAUGAUACUAGAUUCUGGUAUGAUGCUCUGAUUGGUCAAAUGUCUUCACGUUGACAGAUGCGCGGUCCUGUCGACAGUAUCGCACUCAUUCAAUAUCACACUCCUAGUGAGAAAAGUUUUUUUAAAACCCAGAUUUUGAGCAACCAAUAGAAAUAUUUUUGGGAGAAUUUUCACUUAUCCCUCAGCUCCAAGAGUCUUUAUUUCUCUUUGCCAAAGCUGGUGUUACUCCAGUUGCUGAUCGGAGCUAAGUAGAUCUGUUUGCUUGCACUCUUAAGUUCAUCUUGAAUUCGAAUAAUAAGCUCACACUGACAUCGGUGAUGAGAACUUGACGUGUUGACAUUUCAAUGACAAGUUAAUUGCUGGAGGGUAGAUCAACAGCAGCAAAGGCAUGUCUCCAGGCUCCUCCACCCUUUCCCCUCCCCCAGACUACCUCUUACAGCUCACUUUGCUCACCGAUUAUUUUUUUCACCCGCCAGGUUUUUUUCUCCUUUUCCCCCAAUGCCAAGCCUGGUCCCGGGCUAUUUGAGAUGAACAAUAUAAAAUAAGUUCACAUUCCACUGGUUAUGUGUAUGCUUGGGUGGAUUAAAUUUCUUUCUUAAUUCAAGAUUUCCCUCAGCAGUCAAAGCUGUGUUUAUAUAUUUUACAAUUUAAUUUCAGCAUUGAAAAAGUAAUCUUUAAUUUGUUUAUGUUUUCAGUAAGAAAAGUUCCAGAGGCCUUUACAAUGGAUCCUGAUGAGUUUGAGGAGCAGUACAAUGUAAAAAUGCCACAAAAGAAUGACAUUAAUAUUGUAUUUCACUGCCUGGCGGGAGUGCGAAGUAGAGCGGCAAUGGAAGCAGUACAUCAAAUUGGUUAUACAAAGUAAGAAAUCUUAAUGACCUGUGUUAAUCAGUAAAAGCCAAUUGCUGGUGGUCUUUCACCACGUAGAAGACCUCUUAUGUUUUAUAAGAUAUUCGCCCCAAACUCAGACAAAACUAAAACCCUGGUUAAUUUCGUCUGCGAAACGGCACCAAAAUCCUUGUCCUUUCUGGGCCCCCGUCUGUGUACCAGGAUUUAAGUAUGCACCAUGAUUGGCGGGUUACAAAUGCCAUUGUCAGUUUGCCAGUCAGGUUGAAGGGAAAUUCAAAAAACGCAUUUCCGGUAAUUUGUUGAAUCCACUUGGGGCCCAGAACAAGGAUAUCGGCACUGCUUCGCAGACGUUACUAACUGAAGUUAAAUUACAUCUGCAAGGCAGGCUAAUAAGAUAUAUGAAAGAAGGAAAACAUGUUAUUAUGCUCCAUUCUUCAUAGGAGGAAUAACAUUGUUUUAACAAAACAAUAUAUUGUUGUUAACAGCAUUGUAUGUGAUACCUAGAAUGCUGGAAAUUGAAUUUCUAGGUCUCAAGAUGUCUUAAAGUUUUAGUAUGACACUUGAAGAGGUGAAAGGGUGAAAAAUUCAGGCAAUUUUGAUGUUAACAUGUCAUCUCUUAAUUUAUCUUUUAGAGCAAGACAUUAUCCAGGAGGUUUUGAAGAAUGGGCAAAACUUCACAACUCAGAGAGAUCUAAAGCUUAAAAGGAUUUAGGACUUCAUUUUGUGGUCAAAAUUAAGUUAUUUUUAUCCUAAUUGACUCAGUUGUUCACAAAUUUACAGGAUUGUAUAUGUAAUAGGCCUUUUUCGAGCUACCUCAAGCCGCUGUUUUAAAGCAAGACUAAGUGCGAAGCCGUUGAAAUGAAAAUUAUUUUUCAUUCUCAUGCAAAUAAAACUCAUUUUCUCCAGAAAGUUUUUCACUUAGCCUGGUUUUGAAAGUAAGAGAUUUUGGAACUCGGAAAUGACCUAUUACCAGGAAAUAAUCACUAUUAAAAGCAAACGCUUAGUACUUAGGUAUAGGUGUAUCAUAAUGUAAAACGUUCAACCUGGUUCUCUGUUAAUCAGAAAUUUUUAAAAAUAUAUACUGAGUUUAGUACUUGUUUGAAUUUGUUUGUUUUUAACAGUUUUAAGACACAAUUUGCAAAAUUCACUGUCAAAACUUCUUUCACAUAAAAUAUUCCGCCUACUGGGUAUAUAAUUUAUACCGAUUAAUGUUUUAAUUACGGAGCGUGCUUAAAUCGUUUCCUGUGAAUUCGUCUACGUGACUAAUCACCUAGUACUGUUAAUUGUCAACCGGUUAGGUUAACUUACCCACUGCAAAAGCUUAUAAUAUCAAACGUCUCAGUGCUAGGAAGGACAAUUUAGUCCUCGUUCUCAAAACGUGUCAUAGAAGAUUAAUAAUAUUCUAGUGGGGUACAGUUUUUACCGUUUGCGUUUCAAAGAACCAUAGUGGGAGGAAGUUGCCUUUUAGCCGAAUUGCUGAAUUACAGUUAAAGACAUCUUGUACAACUUUGCUUAGCACAAUGCGAUAAAGAAAGUUUAUCGGAAAUAUAAGAACCGUCCAAUUAGUCAGUGGCGUUUCCCCGUUUCCCUUGAAUUUACGAGUCAGCUGUUAAGGAAGUAAACCUUCGACCUUUGUAUGUAGUAAAUAAUAGUAAACUGAGGCUUUCUUUGACAAAGACAACUCACAGAUCGAUUAAUAUGCCUAUUCAUGAUCUCUCAACCAAGUUUCUCAUAUUCUCUUUCUCUUCUUUCUUCUCCUUUUCACCUCAGAAACGCCUGAUACGCUGCUGAUACUCAGGCUAGCUACAUAUUCUCGUGCAGGGACAACGAAUUUCUUCUAAAACUCACCCCACUUAGUUUUCCUUCGCAACUUGGAGAUUUUACAGUGAGUUACUUCCGCAUAUUGAAAUAUGUCGGCCAUGGAGAUAUUUGACCCGGGAUACUUUUGAUUUCUGCCCAUUUCUGGGAACUCCAAUGUUAGAAAGGGUUGGGGUUUUUUGAGUCCGUUCUCUGCAGGAAACCUUAUAGAGACUUCCACUCGUAAGGUUAGGAAACUAAAUCUCGAAUGAUAAUGCAACUACCGCGGGGGUUGCGCUGUUUUCUGCAUAAUUUUCACGAUCACAAUAUGGCUGUUUCAGAAAAAUAAUCUGCAGUAUUUUCUUGAGGUUUUUAUAACGGAAAAUUUGACGAGUCAAGCAUUAUUGUUUUCAAAGUUUCAAAGUAUUUUUUUGAAAUUUCUUUUCCAAAGAUGGCAACUUUCGUUCUUUUUCAGUUUUUGUGAUGAACUAGCUAAGAGCAGUUGGGUAAUGUAAAAGACACAGUUACUUGAGAGCAGAGGUUUUCGAACUACACCCAACAAAAAUUUAAACAACUUGGGGCGUGCAUGUAAUUUGUACUAAAUUAAUUUCCUUUAAAAACUAAAGUCAAGGUAAAUUGAUAAGUAUUUCCGAGGGAGAUUUGAGGAAGUGAUACUUUAUAACUGACUGUUGCUCAAUUCUGUAGACCACAGGAAGUUGUUAGCCUCAGCAUCAGUCAUGGACAAUCUCCCGAAAUGAGAAAAAAGAGCGAAAGAAAGACAACUAGAAAAAUAAAGAUUACAAAGUUUCGUAACGAUCUCAGAACUGAUCAUUAGAUGAAACUAUUGCGUCAUUUUUAUGCGAGUUUUUCUUCAAUCAACAGGAAAUCUGUAUUUGCGAGUGCACAUCACCGGUCCUGAAGCGGUGCAAAACGUGCAGCUCCUCACCGGCAUUUCUAAUUUGUGCGUGAUUUCUCACGUUCCAGAAUUGCGUUACUUUCGGUCACACUCCGACGCCUACAAUAAAGACGAAUUUUUUAUGUUGAAGAAAGAGUUAAUUGGGUAGCUUUAAGUAUAAAUGGGCCUGAUUAGGGGAAAUAAAAAGUUCAAGGCACAAAUGUUUAAAGUCGUGCAUUUUAACAUUUCUUUUCUUGAAACACCUUGACCAAACAACCAAUUUAGUUCGUGACGUCACAAGAGCGUCACAUCCAUGUCAUUUCAAUCUCGAAAUGUCCACACUGUACAUAAAUACGGUCAGCACCGUCCGAUCAGUAUUCUACUGACUAAUUUGGAGAAAAGCUUAGGAGAAAGAUAAACGACCGAGAAACAUUUUAAAAUAGUCAUGGCCCUUCGAGCGGUUGGAAAAUUAUUGUCACAAAGCGCUGUACCACGUUUGGCUGUUGUCAGAACGCUUUCUGCAAAUGCCGGUCCGAGAAAACGAAUAUGGAAUUGUUAUAAAGAAACAGAAGGAGAAGUAAGAUUGGACUGUCUCAAAGAUAUGUUAGUGGAUGGUGACAUUCAACUGUUUGAUGUUCGAGAACCGCACGAACUCGCUUCUUCUGGACGAAUACCAAAGUCUACCAACAUACCUUGUAAGUUUCAAGCGAGAUACCUCUUUUUUUCUGUUUUGUUAUAGGUAACCGGUCAUUUCGCCCUGGUUACUUUAGUAGCUGUCUGUUUUCGGGUCAUUUAGCGCGAUUCAGUUGCAAUGUUCCUCGUUUUAUAAGCCCGUUAAACAUAUUUUUUUAGACUGACGCGAUAGGAUCGUCCAGGGUAACAAACCCGAAACAUAUUAAUAUACCCCGAAAUUACCAAAAUUUUCAUCUGAAAAUAUACCAGAAAAUGAAAGAAGCUUGGGGAAACCAUCUACUUGAAAAUAUUUAAUAGUAUAAAAGUAUCUGAUGGAUACUGUAUUCUUAAUUUAAAAAGACCCCCGUUUUGGUCGACUGAAAUAAGAGGCUGUUUGGAAGUGUUUAUGUAUUGAGAAUUUUACCCACAGUUUGUUUUUUGCAAGGCUGACUGAUUUAGUAUAAUCAAUUCCUUUAACCAAGUAACGAAUAAGACUGUAUACGUUCUAGUCUCCCUCGCAGCCGUUUUUGUCUCGUUGCGUAAGCGUUACGUGACGAGACAAAGACUGCUGCAAGGCCAAGGUUCGGAACCACGUGCCUCAGUGACAUGUAUAACUCAAAAGCGUGAGCAAUUUGACGAUUCAAUUUGAUAUUGAGGCCUCAAAAAGACACAAACAAUUUUAAAUAAUAUUAUUUAUUUCCAUUGUUCAGGAUCUAGACCUCGCUAUAAAGAUGAAGUUUGCCGUAAAAAUUUCAAACACAAUAAACCAAUUUUUUUUGUUUUUACUCUUAUUUCAGUGAGUGAAAUUCACACAGCAUUUCUGCUGAGCCCGGAAGAAUUCAAAACAAAGUAUGGAAUUCCAAAGCCUAAAGUCACAGAUGACAAUCUUAUAUUUCAUUGUCAAUCGGGACGAAGAGCUAAGAAAGCUGUAGAAGAAGUUCAACAACUUGGCUAUGAAAGGUAUGUUAUUUUUGGAAUAAAUAAUUGUUGUUAACAAUAUCAACUCCAAGGCAAAUUUAAAUCCUGUUAUCAAAUGAGUAUUUAGGUAAAAUAUUAAAAUGCUAAUGUUAGAUUAAUCAUUGAUCUGCUACCUAUACUGUACUGGCAGAUAAGAUGUUGUAGAACUGUACAUCAUAAUAAACAGAGGCUUAUGCAGCUCUCAUUAACCAUUUAUUUUAUUGAUUUUUUUAAAGGGCCAAUAAUUUCAUUGGAGGCUGGUCAGAGUGGGAGUUUUACAUCAAGAGGAAACCAAGAAAUGCACCUCGUAAAAUCGCAACAGAGCAUUAA